AUGUCCAUCAGGGGACCGAGGAAAAGGCCACCAAAGGCCUUCCCAGUUGUGGUGUCCACGCUGGAAGCUGAGAUGGAGUUUAGCUGUGAGGUGAAGUGGAAAGGGAAGGAUUUGUUUGAUCUAGUGUGCCGCACUCUUGGGCUCCGGGAGACUUGGUUCUUUGGCUUGCAGUAUAUUGUCAAAGGAAUGAGUGCCUGGCUCAAGAUGGAAAAAAAGAUUUCAGAGCAUGAUAUUCCCAAGGACAAGCCCAUGAAAUUUUACUUUUUGGCCAAGUUUUACCCAGAAAAAGUAGAAGAAGAGCUUCUGCAGGAAAUAACCCAGCAUCUUUUUUUUCUCCAGGUUAAGAAACAGAUCCUCGAUGAAGAAAUCUAUUGUUCUCCUGAAGCCUCAGUUUUGCUGGCCUCGUAUGCCAUCCAAGCAAAGUAUGGAGACUACGAUGCUAACCUUCACGAGCCAGGCUUCCUUGCCCAGGUGGAACUGCUGCCUCAAAGAGUUCUGAGACAAUAUCAGAUGACUGCAGACAUGUGGGAAGAGAAGAUAACGGCAUGGUACGCUGAGCACAGGGGCAUUGCCAGGGAUGAAGCUGAGAUGAAUUAUCUGAAAAUUGCACAAGACUUGGAAAUGUGUGGAAUCACUUACUUCCCCAUCACCCAAAAUAAAAACUACACAGAUCUUUUACUUGGUGUGGACGCCAAAGGAAUUCACAUUUACAGCAUCAAUAACCGGUUUUCUCCAAAGAAAUCUUUUGAAUGGAGCAGUAUCCGAAACAUUUCCUACAGAGAGAAAGAAGUGACUAUUAAACCACUUGACAAAAAAGCUGAAGUUUUCAAAUUUUUCUCUUCACAAAUGAAGGUCAAUGAACUGAUACUGCAGCUGUGUAUUGGAAACCACGAUCUCUUUAUGAGGAGGAGGAGAGUGGAUUCUGUUGAGAUGCAGCAAAUGAAAACACAGGCCAAAGAAAUGAAGGCGCAGAAGAAACUGGAGCAUCAGAGGUUUGUCCUCGAGAAGCAGCUCCGUGAAGAGGCAGAGAGAGCCCGGGACCAACUGGAGAGACAGCUCUUCCAGGUGGAGGCCGAAACCCAGCAGACCGACGAGGCCUUGCUUCACUCCCAAGAGGCCGUGGAGCUGUUGGCAGAGAAGGCUCAGAUUGCCCAGGAAGAGGCCGAGCUGCUGGCGCAGAGCGUGGCCGAGGCGGAGCAGAAGCAGCAGCUCCUGGAGCUCACGGCUUUGAAAACCAAGGAGGAGAAGGGGCUGGUGGAGCAGAAACUGCAGGAAGCCGAGAGUGUGGUGAUGAACCUGGUCAAGGAGUCUGACCGCAGAUCCAAAGAAGCUGAACUUCUGAGACAAGAUCUGCAAAAGUCCAGAGAAGCUGAAAGAAGAGCCAGGCAAAGUCUCCGAGAUGUGACGCAGAGUUCCCAGCCUCUCACCGACCCUCCAACAACCCUGCGAGGAGACGCCAUCCUUACCCAGAAGAUAAAGAAGAGGCACGGGGAGGUCAGUAAGCUGCCUACGGUUGCAGCACCCAACCCCCUGCUGUCUGGUUCCAGAGUCUGGCUAGAUUAUGUGGAGAAAAGCAAAAUGUUUGAAGACCGAUUAAAAGAGCUUAAAGCUGAGAUCCACGCCAUGAAACACGAGGACAAAAAAAUGGGGCAGUUCUCUAGCUGGAAGCAAGUCCCCGGGAGGCUGGACCCCAGCCCAGGAGGAUAG